AUGUCACUCCUUCUUCCGCUUACGGUUCAACAAAUUAAAAUUUCGGAGUGCCAUUCUUCGGAUGAUUUCCGAAAAGUGUUCAUGGAUUGUGAUGAAGAAACUUCUCAAUUAGAUAGCCAGACCAGAACGAAGGAAGCCAUAGAUUCCAUCUUUUUUCCUCUCAAUCCCCAAGUAAAGUACGAGGAAAAUCAAUCCUCCUCGGUACAAAAUAAUUCGCCGUCUUUGAUCUACUCAUGUCCUCAUAAGGUGAAUGUAAAAUUUGUACUCAAUGCCACGAAUGUAGUCGAGGCGAAUGAUGACGAUGCGAACACAGAGGAGCAACAACAUGAACAACAGCAACAAAUUGAAAAUGUUAAGCUUUUUGUGUCAUCGGAACACUUGCUUUUGCUCAAAUCCAACAGUAGUGGGAUGACUGGUUACAAAAUUCAUUUCAGAGAUAUUUUGAUGCAUGGUGUUCAACAAUCUCCAACCCUGUGCAUGUAUUGUCAAUUAUCAACCAUUGAGAGUGGACAAGGAAAAUCUUCCGUUGCGGAAGAAGAGGAGGAUUUAGAUAAUGAUGUGUGUGAAAUGAUCAUCACAGUGGUAGCAUCAUCGGCAACACCUUCUUCCUCGUCAAUGUCUGAAAAGCAACAACUCGAUCAAGUCUAUCGGGACAUGUAUAGAGCCUUCUCUGAAGCGGCAGAAAAUGUACCCCUCGACAAUCAGGAAAAUGAAAACCUCAAUUCCAUGAUGAAUGAUAUAAAUCUCGAUGAUAAAUUAUGCAUGAAUUCGGAUGGUUGGGUUUACAAUAUUGAAGAAAUGAGAAGGGCCGUUCUCAUCAGAGAUCGAACUGAACGAGAGGAGCAUGAUGGUGAAUUGAAAAUUUUGGCAAACCAUGAAGUGGCGGCACCAGCUGGUGUCGAUAGUGACGAUGAUGAUUGGGAAGACGUCGAAGAGGAAGCCGAGCUUGACAAUAAAAAGAAGAAAAUCCUCUAA